AUGGCCUCAUUAGCCAGUUCAGCUAAGGGUCUUCUCGUGAACGCGGACCAGAUUACAGCGGCCACUGACCUGUUCACCAGCAGUUCCGUUAGUCAGCAGCGAAUGUCGCAGGAUUCACUGCUACAGCCGCGGGAUUUCCAGCCUCAGUCGAGGGAUUCGCAACCUCAGUCGCCGGAUUUGCAACCUCAGUCACGGGAUUCGGAAAAUCAGUCCCAGGACCUGCAACUUCAGUCUCAGGGAAAGAGCGGCUGGUCGUCCGCGGUGGUCCUCGGCUCAGGGCUCAGCGUCACAGCCAUGGCGGGAGCGCAUAUGGCGGCGUACGGAUCGCCCACAUAUAUCCUGGACCUGCUUACCUCGCUCGGGUUGUCAGUCGAUAUCAGAGUUCUCGAGGCCUCAGCGUUCUCGCUCUGGCACGUGUCGGACGGCGCCGACAAUCAGAUGUCGCUGCUCAUCUUCUUCCUCAUGACGGCCCUCUGCGCUGCCGCCGCUGCCACCCUCAAGCUCUCUCCCCUGCCCGCAGCUCCACGUGCGACCAUUUCCUGCAGCGAGAGCGAGAGCGAGAGCGAGCAGAGCAGCAUGGCUAGCACCAACAGCAUUACUCCGGUGGAGGUGGCCUGCGACCGUGUCGGCCAGGAGGAAUCGAAGGUCGAGGCGAGCUCGAGCGGCGCUAGUCGCUCAUCGGCUUGGUUCUCCUUCUCCUUCUCCAGCCGCUCGGCCACCCCGCCGGAGGCUAGCGCUCCUUCUCCCUGCACCCCUUCUCCCCAUGUCGUUCCGGAACCCGUUGUCGCACGAAGCGCCACGGAACCCAGCACUAGCCCCAGCAGCAGCAGCAGCAGCAGCAGCAGCAGUGGUGUUUUUUUCCCGUCCAGCAUCAGCCUGCCUGGUUACUGGUUCCCUUUCUCCGCCUCUAACUCGACCUCCGUCACGCCCUCGCCCUCACCAGCGCAGUCCGACUCGUCGACAGUGUCAGCAGCGGAAUCGACGGUCAGCAGCGAGAAGUCCGUCACGUCCCUGCCCGCCCUCAUAGCGGCUUCGCCGAUUCCCCUCGCUGCCCCGUCCGCGGGCCUGGGCCUGUCGUCGACCCGUGGCAGCGCGUUUCUUCGGCUGGACUUGGAGGAGGAUUUGAGCGACGCGUCGAGCGACGAGGAGCAGGAUCAGGAGGAGGAGGAGGGGGAGGAGGUACGGGAGCUCGAGUGCGGGGCGCAGGAAGGGGUGAAAGCGGGCCUGCCGUUGUCCCGCAGGGCUGAGCAGCGCAAGCAGCGCGAGCAGCAGCGCGUGGAGCAACGUGGCGCAGUGGUCGCAGAGCAUGAUGAAGUCCCCGGUGUCGCUGUCGCUGGGCGACUCGCCUGCCGUGCUCGUCAGGGUAUGCCUUGCUGUGCUGCUGCCAUGAUUCGUCCCUGUGAGGCCGUGAGGCUCCUGUCGCAGCUCUUCUCGUCUUCUUCACGGUCCAUGGCUGCUCUACCCACCGUCCUGAGCGAGUCGUCGCUCGACGAUAAGAGCGCCGUCAUCAACAGCGACCCCGCGGAGCUCCGCGAUCGCGCCAUGGGCUUCCCCCUCCCCGCCGACCCCGCCCUGGCGCGCCUGCACGGAGCGGACACGCGCGCGGUGGAGGCGGAGGUGCGGGAGGCGACGGCGCUGGUGGGCACGCGGGACCUGGCGGCGCUAAUGCUGCGGCUGGACUGGUCGUACGACGACGAGCAGGGCCCGUGGGAGAUGAUCAUUGACAAGCACAGCAGUGACGUCGAGUACAUGACUUUGCGCCGCGACCCGCAGGACGGUGGCGUGACGGAGUACCGGUCGCGCAUCCGCUUCAUAGGCGCGUCUGCGCGUGACACAUGUGCGUUCUACACGGACUGCGCGUACAUGCCGCGCUGGGACCCCAUGCUGCGCUCCAUGGCGCCCCUCCUCGCCUGCCCCGCCACCGGCGUGCAGAGCGCGUGCUUCGAGCGCAAGUACCCCUUCUGCGCGCCCCGCGAGUAUGUGCUCGCGUGGCGAGUGUGGCAGCAGGGGGAGAGUGCGGAGGUGGCUGGGGUGCAAGGCGGCGAGAGCGAGGGCGAGACGUUCUUCUGUAUCACCAAGGCGGUGGAGGAUGCGAGUGUGCCGCGGAAGAACAAGCCACGGCACGUGGACGUGUACCGAUCAGAGUGGCGCAUGAAAGAUGUGGUGCUCCCGGAUGGCAGGAUAGCAGCAGAGAUGGACAUGAUUGUGCAGGAGGACAGCGGCAUGCAGAGAGACAUGGCCAAACUGGCAUACCGCCGUGGAGCAUGGGGCUACAUCCGCAGCACGGACUCUCACCUGCGGUCAUACAUCAAGGAGCACAGCCCCUCGCAUACGGGCAAGCAGCAAGCUUGCAAUGGUGCCGUGCUGGAGCAAGUAGCAGGAGCAUCACCACCUCGCGUGCUGCCUCCGCUGUCUGUGGUGAAGCAGGUGCCAUCUCACCUGAUCCCCGAGGGUACACCUGAUGCUGCCUUCCACGCUCAUUGCCGGCAGACAGCCACUGCAGCUCCUAGCUUUGCCAUUGCAGCAGCAGUUGCAGAGGCCCAGAAGUUGCAUACGGUUGGCACUGCAGCACUGCACACAAGUGCAGGUGAUCAUAAGGCAGCAGCUGGAAACUCUGCAGUUGAGGGUGUAACUGGUCAGUCGCAGCUGACACAAGAGGAUCAGCAGCACCAGCAAAAGCGGGGGAGGCGGUUCAGGCCACUGGCUGUGAUUCGUCAUUUGAUCAUGCCAGCAGCUACAGUUGCUGCUGUUGGGCUAGGUGGUGGCGGAUUGCUGUGCCUAAAUGGCGGAGCUGUGGGGAUCGCCAGUCACGCCAUCUCCGGUGGCAUGGAGCGAUCAUUCCAGAGCGCGCAGCACAGCACUGGCGGCCACAACCAGUCGUCAUGGCGGCAAGAGCCGACGGGUGCUUUCGCGGAAGAUGAAAAACCGGCGGAUUCGGCGGCUCCUCACCUCCGUGGCCCUGUGCGAAGCUUCAAGUCGUCGACGCGCGACAAGAGUGGUGAGCGUCGCACGUCGCGCGAGCGUGGAGAGGAGCACGGUGCGAGGCACGACCCUGGGGAGCAUCGGCAACGGCACUCGCAGCCGCAGCAGCAGCUGCAGCAACGUGAGGAAGGCCCGGACGGACACUACACGGCGUGGGAGGAGGACGAGCGGUAUCAGCAGCAGCAGCGGCGCGAGGAGCGGUCCCGCCAACAUCGCCCGCACGGCGGACGUGCGCACACGAGCUUCCGCGCUGCGCCCGCGGGUGCGGACGAAGAGGCGGUGUGGGAAAGGCCGAAGCAUCGCGAGAGGCGGAGUGAGAGGGGAAGAACAAGCGACAAGGAGUGGGGGUGGGAGGAGGGGGAGGAUAUCGGCAAAGGUCGGGAGAAAGAUCGGAGUUUCGAGAAGGAGGCUUUUGCGGGCGCGGAGGAGGAGGAGGAGGAGGAGGAGGAGGAGGAGGAGGAGGAGGAGGAGGAGGAGGAGGAGGAGGAGGAGGAGGAGGAGGAGGAGGAGGAGGAGGAGGAGGAGGAGGAGGAAGGGGAGGAGGGGGGCUUCACAACGGGCGUGGAGACCGAGCGUGCGCGCGCGAAAGAUAAGCCUGCCGACGGUCACGGCCUGUCGAGCGAGGGUGCAGGAGUGGGACUGGAGGAAGGGGAGCUAUCGGAAGGGGAGAUCCCACUGCAAGAUCGCGAGGACGGCGAGAACGAGCACGAGGGCGGGCCUGCGGCGCGGCCGCUUCCGCAUAAUUUCGAAGGUGGACAGCCCGCCAAGGAGCGCGGGCGGGAUCUGGAAGCGGGGAGGCGGAACGCGGGAAAAGAUGCGCAGUUGCCCGCGCGGGAGCAGCGCUGCUGGAGUGGGGGCUCGGCUGAGUGGGAGGAGCAGGAGGAGGAUGGCUGGAAGUUGCGUAUUCACGGUGAGGGAGGCAGUAGGGACGACAAGGAGGAGGAGGAGGAGGAGAAAGAGGUGAAAGAGGUGAAAGAGGUGAAAGUUGAGGAGGAGGAAGAGGAGGAGGGUCAGGUGGAUGCGGGUUACGGCCACGGGGGGCAGUGGUGGCGGGAGCAGGAGCAGACGCGACGCAGGAGCGAGGAGCGGGAGCGCAAGGAGGAACGGAACGGUGGUGAGGCUGGCGAGGCGGAGAGGGGGCGGCGGGCGCAGUGGGGCGGGGUGGAGGCGGAGCAGGGCUCCCGCGGACACCACGCCCAGCGGUCCUUCUCCCGCCACGCGCAGGGCGAGGCGCUGAGGGGGCGCGCGCACAGAGAAGGCGGCGAAGAAGGCGACGGCGAGCGCCACGGGGCGGCGAGUGCGACGAUCAGCAAGGGAGGAAGGGGCGACGAGGAGGGCAUUUGGCGCGGCGUUGCAAGGGUGGGUGCGGGAGAGGAGGUGGGCGGGGUGAGGGAGGUGAUCGUGAAGCAGGAGGAGGAGGAGGAGAGGGAGGAAGGGCAGCAUGUGGAGGCGCGGAGGGAGGAGGGGGAGGGGGUGGGGUACGAGCAGGAGAGUGAGCGCAGGCGACACAGGGAGAGGCGGCAUGAAGAGAGGCGUGAGCAUCGAGGCGAGAGGGGCGGUGACAAGGAGGACACGCAGCGAGGGGAGGGGCAUCGGCAUAAGAAGAAGCGGAGGAGGUCGAGGCACGAGCAGGAUCGCGAGCACGAGCAUGAGUACGAGCAGAAGCAGGAGCAGCAUGUGGAGCAGGGCCAUGAGCACGGUUACGAGCACGAGGAGGGCGAACGGGAUCUGCGUGAGAGAAGCGGGGAGUACUGGGAAGGCAAGCGCGGCGUGCCAAGUGAGGGAGAUUACUAUGAUGGGAAGGACGGCGGGGAUAAGGCGGGAAGGAGGCGGCACAGGGAGAGGCAGCGGGAGAGGGAGGGUGCAGAGGAGCAGGAGGGAAGGAUGGCGGGUAGAUCCGCGUCGUCUGAGAGGAGGGCGGGAUCCAAGGAGCGAUGGUCGUCACGGGAGAGAGGCGCUUCGCGGGAGAGAGUUGGAUCGCGGGAGAGAGGUGUUUUGCGGGAAAGAGUUGGAUCGCGGGAGAGAGGUGUUUUGCGGGAAAGAGUUGGAUCGCGGGAGAGAGGUGUUUUGCGGGAAAGAGUUGGAUCGCGAGAAAGGGAAUUGGAAGGGGGGAGAGGCGCAUCAGUGGAAAGGGGCGUGUCGAGGGAGCGGGGUGCAUCAAGGGAGCACGGAGUGUUGAGGGCUAGAGCUGGUUCUGCUAUGGAAGCUAGUGCCCCAUUCACUCCGUUCCCACAGGCACACGUGGGGACUGCUGAGCAGCCGUGGGCAGCACAAGCCACACUAGAAGCAGAUGCUGCUGCAGCUGCUGCUGCCGCUGCUGCUGCGGCUGCCGCCACUGCCGCUUCUGCUGCUGCUGCUGCUGCUGCUGCUGCUGCCAGCGGUGUUGACAGGGGCAGCGCUGCUCCUGGUGGUGUUGUCAGUGGCAGUGGGGUGGUCAGCGCUCCAGGCAAGGCUAUGGAGGGUUCCAGGCACCGGUCUCGCUGGCAGCCUGCAGAAGAGCCCGUGCAGGGGCAUGCUCCCACCGCGCCCACUGUGGGGGCAGCAGGGCAGACUGUCACAAUCGCUGCUACCAUGGGCGCUGGCAUCCCUGCUGCUGGUAUGACUGCGGCUGUGGGUGGUGCUGCAGUGAGCGCUGCCACUCCUGCAAGUGCUGUUUUGGGAGUGGCUCAGGCUGAGGGUGCGGGUGCUGGAGCGUCAAAUCCCACCGCUGCUGCUGCUGGCGCCGGUGCUGCUGGUGGUAGCGGGGAUGGCAAGACAGGAAAGCGCAGGCGCAGCAGGUGGGGCCCAGCGGAAGGAGACACGGCAGCAGCAGUAGCAACGGGUGGAGGCGAAGAGGCAGGAGCAGCGGCAGCAGGGGCAGCAGGAGGGGCAGCAGACGCAGGAGGGCAGCGCAAGCGAAAGAGCCGAUGGGGCGACAGCGAUCCGUCUGCUACAGCUGGAGGAGCAGCAGGAGUGGGCGUUGGUGUCGGCGGGGUGACGAGCGCUGCUGCAGCUCUCCUCUCGUCCAUCAAGCUCCCAGAGUUUGUGCGGGAGAUCUCAGGAGACCUCAACCCCGAGGUGCAAGCCCUCAACAUCCGCCUCCUGGAAAUCAACAAGAAGCUACAGGCAGGCAAUCUGACCGGGGACUCUGCUGCGGGGUUAGAGGGAGCCAUGGCUGCCGCCCUUGGGCUCACGGAUGAGCGGUCGGUGGAGCGGUCUCCGUCGCCCGAGCCGAUAUACGACAACAUGGGCGUGAGAGUGAACACGCGGGAGCAGCGAGUGAAAGAGAAGCUGAUGCGCGAGCGGCAGGAGGUGAUUGCGGAGAUGAUAAAGAAGAACCCCGGGUUCAAACCGCCUGCGGAUUACAAGCCGCCCAAGUACUACAAGAAGCUGUUCAUCCCCAUGAAAGAAUACCCUGGGUAUAAUUUCAUCGGGUUGAUUAUCGGGCCGCGCGGCAACACACAGAAGCGCAUGGAGAAGGAGACGGGAGCCAAGAUUGUGAUCCGGGGGAGAGGGUCGGUGAAGGAGGGGCGGGCGGCGAAGGGAGGGAGGGAUUUCAAGCCGGACCCGGCGGACAAUGAGGACUUGCACGUGCUGGUGGAGGCGGAUAGCGAGGCAGCUCUUAACGAGGCGGCGGACAUGGUGCAGAAGCUGCUAGUUCCUGUAGACGAGGGGCACAAUGAGCACAAGCGCGCGCAGCUGAGGGAGCUCGCGGCACUGAAUGGCACGAUCCGGGAGGAGGAGCUGGUGUGCCGGCUGUGUGGGGAGCAGGGCCACAGGCAGUACAACUGCCCGGAUAGGCACUCGACUUUCCGGUCUGAAGUCACGUGUUCGAUCUGCGGGGAUGGGGGGCAUCCCUCUGUGGAUUGCCCGAUGAAGGGCGCUGGCGGAGGGGGAGGGGGGGGCGGAGGGGGAGCGCAGGGGCAGAAGCUUGACGAGGAGUAUAUGUCGUUCCUGGCUGAGGUGGGGGGGGGCGUGGGGGGACCGAUUGGGGGAGAGGGUGGGGAUGGCGGUGCAGGGGGGCGUGGGGGAGGGGAGGAGCGCGGAGGAGGCUGGGGAGGCGGGGAGCGGGGGGAGAGAGGCGGGGAGCAGGGCGGGGGUGGGGAGCGUGGAGGGGGAGGGGGCAGGGGGUCAAGCCGUGUGGAGGAUGAUUGUAAUCUCUACGUGGGGUACUUGCCUCAGUCUGUGGACGACCAAGGGCUCUACUCCCUCUUUGCCCCGUACGGGCGCAUUCAGGAGAUCAAAAUCAUCCGCGAUCGCAACACGGGCAUGAGCCGGGGGUUUGGGUUUGUGCGGUUUGUGGAGAGGCAGGCGGCAAUGGCGGCCACACAGGGGCUGAACGGGUACCGCAUGGAGGGCAAGACCAUUGUCGUGCGCUCCACUGCCAAGAACCAGCAGGGCACCGGCCCUGGUGGUCCCGGUGGGCCUGGAGGGCCGGGAGGGCCGGGGUUAGGAGCACCAGGGGCAGCAGCAGGCGGGGGUGGUCCGGGUGGUCCCCACGGCCCCUCUGGCCCCCCUGGUCCCCCUGGUCCGUAUGGGCCCUCUGGGCCUUCUGGUCCCCCUGGCGCUGCUGCUCCUGGUGGUGCUGGCCCUCCCCCACCUGGCCCCCAUGGUGGCCCCCCUCCGCAUAUGGGCCCUCCCCCCAUGCGCCCUCCCUAUGGCCCCCCUCCCCCUUACCCUCCGCCUGGGUCAAUGGACCCAUCCGCUCCUCCCCCCCCGUGGGCUCACCCCCCUGGCGGCCCCCCUCCUCCCUUCGGCCUCUGCGGCCCGCCGCCUCCUGGAAACGUCCCUCCCCCCUAUGCUCCUCCUGGUUAUCCCGAGGGUGUUCCCCCGCCGCCUUUCCCCCCAAAUGGCCCAUCGGGCCCUCCUCCGGGUGCCUUUAUGCCGCAUGCAUACGGUUCAGAUUAUCCACCCCCACCUGGUGCAUACCCUGGAAUGGUGGGCCCGCCUGGAGUGUAUGAGGACGUGGAGUUGCCUCCUGGGACUUCCACCCCGCCUCCUGGUGCGCCUGCUGCUGAGAUGGGUGCAGCAGCAGAGCCCCCUCCUGGCAUGGAACUUUCGUGCCCCCCUGCUCUCUAUCCCCAUAUGGAUCCUGCAGCAGCAGCAGCAGCGGCGGCGGCGGCUGCGGCAGCGGCACACCCCCCUUCAUGGGCCCCCACGUCUGCGGCAGCAGCAGCAGCCAUGGCAGCUGCAGUGUCAGCGGGUGCAGUCAAAGGGGGGGCGCACAUGCCGAGUGCUGUUCCUGGGCUGGUUGGUGGGGCAGGAAGCGAGGGAGCACCGGGAGGGGUGGGAGUGGGUUCGGGUGGCGAGAAAGAGUAUGCACAGUUCAUGGCAGAAGUGGCAGGAGGCACUGGUGGAAAUGCAGCUGGUGGUGCCCAGUGA